AUGGAAGAAGAGAUGAAAGUCCUCUCGCAAAAUCACAAUCUGCAAAAGUCAUCCUCAAAGAAGAAGUCCGCUCGUAACGACAAGUAUGUCCAUCACGAAGGGGAAGACGUCCAAGGCGAGCACAAUUACGCGAUCAAUUCAGAACAGGGAAAGACAUCCGGAAAUACCUGGACCAGGAACCAGUAUAAGGACAAUACCUUCUGCGAAUUCCAUCAGACAAAAGGGCACUCGACCGCGAACUGCAAAGUUCUCGGCGCUAGACUACCCGCAAAACUGCUCGCCGACGAACUAUCCAAGGUGACCUGCAUAAAGGACCUCCUUCUGGAUUCUGACCGGCCACCAAGGGCAGACAGGGAUAAAACUCCCGCAACGGAAAAUGAGUCGCGAGAAAACCAGUCGAGAGAAAAGCGAGGAAGAAGUUCUAUCGCGAGUCGCUCUCGUCCAUCAAAGCUUAUCAGCGGAAGGCCGAGACAAGUGCCAACUAUUCAGUCCGGUCUCCACCUCGCGAUGCCCCGAACAGCGCAAUUACCUUCGAAAACGCAGAGGCAGGGAGUAUGGUUAACGUCAUCUUCCGUGAUACUCUCAAAAAGGAUGAAAAUAGAGCUGGGAGAAGUCGUACCAAUCCCAAAGCCGCUGACUGGUUUCUCAGGUGUAACGUCCAUGACCCUUGGAUCAAUAAAACUCCCAGUCUUGGCAAAAGAGGUUACUAAAAUCGUUGACUUCGCGGUAGUCGGCAACCCAGCCAUCUACAACAUGAUAAUGGGAACGCCUUGGAUCAAUGCCAUGAAAGCAGUCCCAUCAACUCCCAACGGAAUCGCCGAAAUUUGGGGAUGUCAGAAGCAGUCGAGACUCUGCUUCUUGGCAGAACAUAUAUUGCAACAGAUCACGACGACCUCUAUGGCCAAACCAAAACGCGCAAAGAUAGCUCAAGCCAAGCUUGAAAACUCUUCUAUCAAGGACAAUUCGAAACCAUCCGCCGAAGCAACGACUGUGGACGACAACCACGUCUCCAAGUCCAACGCUCCCUCUCCCGCAGAGGAAACAACUCCAGAAACGGCAGUCGCUACGGCUAAGACUGGCGACGUAGCCUCACUCAGUGAGUAA